AUGUUAAAUUAUCAGGGAAAUUUAUGGGUUCGAAAAAAUUAUGUAUUAGGCAAUAGGACCUAAUAUCCUUUGUUUUUGGGGACAGUAGCUGGGACGCUUUUGCUUUACUUAUAUUGUGAUUUUGUUUUACUCCAAAAAUAUUGUGAGAUCCCAAAUUUAAGUAAAGUAAUUGUAACAUUUCAGAUACUAUCAAUUUAUUCAAUGUUCAAGGUCAAUAUGACAGAACCAGGAGUUCAAAUGCAAACGAUUUAAGAUGAUAAAUAUUUUGAUGGCAAAUUGUGUGAAAAAUGCAAAGCCAUUAAAAUUGAUCGUUGUUAUCAUUGCAAAUUUUGUGAUCAUUGUGUAAACGAUUUUGAAGCGCAUUGUUUUUUGAUGGCAACUUGCAUAGGCAGGAGAAAUAUAAAAUAUUUGUUAGGGCUAGUCACAUUUACAGGGAUAGCGUUAUACUUAUUAUUACUUAUUUUGAUUUAUAAAUGUAGAAGUCACUCUAAUAAUUAUAGUAUUUGUAUCGGAUUGUAAGAAAGAGCUAACCUUUAUUAUUCUAAAUAUUGUGAGUCUGGUUUUGACAUUGGUUCACUUGAAUCCGUUUAUAUAUACGACUUGGAGAAAUGCAUCAUAAAAUUGGACAAAAAAAGAAAUGAAUAGAACCAAAUUCAAUGGAUCACUUUCAUAUAUUUAUAAUAAUUACAAAUAAUUCUUUACUCGAUUUUAUGA